AUGGAGGAUGUUGAUAUGACUGGUGUGGGUUCUGAGGGUACUCAGAAGGUACACAAGGGUCAAACGGCUCCACAGAAUCAGAAGGGGGAUAAUGCUGAAAAGAAUGAGAAAGUCAUAGAUUCUGAUUCGGACGACGACGAUCCAAUUGUUUGCUCCUAUGACAUUUAUAUCAAGCCAAGAGCCACUGCGGACCGUCAAUUUGUGGUUAUGCAAUUCCCCAAUCGCGACUCGAGCCAACCAUACAACGAAAAGUCCGAGAGUGCGCCUCUGGCCAUCCGAAUGAAACCAAAAGCUGGCAUGUUUGAGAUGGACGUCCCAGUUGACCCAUGGCACAAUUACGACAGGCUGAAGGGUGUUGUCAUGGGAGAUGCUCUAAGCAAGAGCGAAAACCUAAAGGGGGCUGGGAGUCACGGAUUGGCAUCUGGUUUUAGUAUCGGAGCUCAACCAGCAAGUAGAGGGCGUCAGAGGACUGCGGCAAAUGAAGAACUUGACCCGCAGCCUCUUAUUGGAAACUUCGAAAACUCCGUUCGCAAUCGUAAGGUCUUGGCAAAGCAGACUUUAGGUGGACAGUCAGUACCGAAGAAUGGAAUCCGCCCUCAGUAUAUGGUUGGUGUCUUUCAAGGCGAACAACUACAUCUCACACCUGUUGACCAUUUCGUUCAGAUGCGGCCACAGUUUCAUCACAUCGAUGCUUUGGCUGAGGCCGCAGCUCGUGCCCUCCCUCGGGCCGUAGUUGCUCGUCCACAGGAAGCACGUGCCGUUCAUCUGACAGCAAAGUCUUCGAUUGAUGGCGAGGAAGAAAAUGACGAGACCAUGGCCGAUCGUAUUGCAGCUGUUCAGGCCGAACCGUGGAACAGCUUCCGGGUGGUUGAUGAAAAUAGUGACGAGGCCUGGGCUUCUUUCUAUGACACCAUGUUCGUGGGUGCCGACACUGGUCUUAAAUCAAACGAGGAGCUGCGUGCGAAUAUUCCUAAGCUCAAAUCCGUCUGGAGUAAUGCCGAGUACUUGGAGGCUAUUGCUCCGAAACGGCAGACAGUCAAGGCAAAGGACAAGAAGUUGAAGGGGAAAGAAGUGGUGGCAGAAGAAGAUGACUUUGAUUUGUCUAAUUUGGAAGAUACGGACAGCGAGUGA